UCAGGAACUCUUUCCGAUGGCUCGAAGUUUGACUCAUCGCGCGAUAGAGGAAAGCCAUUCAAGUUUAAGAUCGGUAGAGGAGAAGUGAUCAAAGGCUGGGACGUCGGCGUCGCACAGAUGUCUGUUGGCCAGAGGGCUCGACUGAUCUGUUCGCCGGACUUCGCGUACGGCAGUAAAGGACAUCCCGGGGUUAUACCGGCCAACGCUACGCUCACUUUUGACGUCGAGCUCAUCAAACUAGAGUGAAAUACAGCACAAUAACAGCCCUCUAUCUCUCCCUAUAACCCCCUCCCGUCCACUAAAACUAAUUAUAAUAAUAAUUACCCGAUAUUUGUCCC